AUGGAAAUCGAGGUCCAAACUGAAUACAAUUUUACAAAACUGGUGAAUGCUUUGGAUGUGCGAAAUUCUAUAUACGGAUCUCUUCUGAUAUUAAUUUCUGCAUUCAUUUUAGCAAGCAAUGGAUUGCUAAUAUGUGUUAUUUAUUCCUCAAAAUAUCUACAUCGAUGCCAGAAUGCGUUCGUGAUGUGUUUGGCGAUUGGUGACAUUUUGAAUGGAUUUGUCGAGGGCCCAUUUCUUGCCCAUAUUGUUUUGAACCGUCCUGAGCAGGUGCCUCCUCAAGCGUGCCCAUUUGUGCUUUUCAUCAAUUACUCUACUAAAGCUACCACCUCCUUCAGCCUCAUGAUGUUGUCAAUAGAAAGAUGUCUUGCUGUUUCCAAACCUCUGAAGUAUGCGCGCCUCGUAACGAUUCGUUCAUGUACGAUUUCUGUGGUUUUAAUAUGUGUCUUUUCGGUUCUCAUCUCUUCGCUACCGCUACUGAGAGAACGCUUCAUAUACGAUAAAUUCAAGUGUCGUUUUGAAGGCGACACCACUAUGCACACCAAAAUCUUCAUUAUCACCUACAUGGGUCUUUCGAGGAUGCUGCCGAUGUUAGUGAUCUGGAUUUGUAUAGCGACCAUUCUCUAUAACGCCAGGACCAGAUUCAAAUGCUCGAGUAUGAUAGCAGCUGUACCCUUCACGGUGACGCCAGUAGCGUAUCCUCUCAAUCUGAGGAAGAUCACACUAAAGGCCCUGCGGUCCCUACUCUAUCUUACCAUUACGUUUUCUGUGUUGACAAUUAUCUGUUGUUCUUCAGGGAUUCCGAGAACAAUUCGGAACUUCGAGUUCCCACCAGGGUAUGAAAUGGCUUUAGAAUUUACUUCUUUGUCGCACUAUUUCAUUACGCCGGUGAUGAUUCUCAUAUUCAACAAACAAUACCAAAACCGGAUUGUAUCUCUGUGUUGUACGCGAUGCGGGAAGAAAAACCGGGUGGGACAGGAUCAGUACCCAUAA